AUGUCAUUUUACGUCAACGGCUGUGACCCCAAAAAAACAUCAUAUCCGACGGGCAUUUAUUUCGAAUUAAAAAGUUUUCUUUGAGUUAAAACUAGUUUUUAUUUUUGAAUUUUCUUUUUUUAAAUAGAAAUAAAUUCCAGUUGACUUAGCGAAACUUUGUCAGAGGCCCAAUAAAGUUAAUUUUAACAAGUCCCAAGCUUCUUAAUUUUUUUCAGUGUUCAACAGUACAAGUUUUCAACUUUUUUUCCCGAAUUUCAAGGAAAGUUUGAUCUAUCGAAAAUAGUUUCAUUAGCCUGAAAAGCUGUUGAAUUAUUUAAAAUGGAAGCCGCAUCCGCCGCACUUUUUCUCGUCUUAUCUGCGCGGCUUCACGUUUUAUUUGCGAAUGCUACUCUCAUUCGUCCUGUCGUCGCCCCCGCUAAUCAUUAAUUACGAAAGAAAAACGUUAUAUUAUAUCGAUUACUCUUCGUUUGUGCAAAAAUAAUGCUCUAGUGUUGAUUUAUCGUCUUGAUUGUCAAUUAUCUAUCGUGAAAAUUGAUUGAAAUAUGAAUUUGAUGAUGGAAAAUAUAUGUUCUUCACCUUUUUUUUACACCUUUCUUUUUAAAACUAACAGGCCUGAAAAGCUUCGAUAGUUUUGGAUCACGGUGACGUAAAGGUUCAAGUUUAACAGAUAAAAAAACUAUCUUGAUAAGCCAAAGUUCUCUUUAUUUAUUCAAUUUCUUUUCCUCUCGUUGAUUCACUCGCACCUGCACUUAAUAACUUCAAACCGGAACUAUUAUUAGUCAUAAGAAGCUGUAAAUUGAGUGAAGGGGAGCGAAUACAAUUAGUGGAACUCACGCAGAAAUUCCAUCCCUUUCACUAGUCUUCGCCUACUUUUUUCCGUCCGAAAUCGAUCCAUCAUGCGUCAUUUAUUUUUCGACACCCCGUAUGUACCACAAGGCCCAUGUACAUGUAAUGCUCUUAAAAUUCAGUCCUAUACCGUCGUGUAUUUGAAUACGCAAAGGCAAACUCCCUGUUUUGCAAUUUUGUACAUUGUCAUUUUGAAUCUGAAAAUAGAUAUGUCCUGCUCUUUUUGAUAGUAUAUGAAGUUGCUGUAAGAAAUUUGAAAAAAUUGAAAAUUUUUUUUUGUUGUUUCAUCGUUAACUGAUUUUUUAUAUUUAUUUUUCACGUUUUUUCUAAUGUUUUUUUUUUUCAGAAUCUUCCCCAUUCCGCAAUUUCGACGCCGUUCAAAGUUUGGUAAUCCGUGAGUUUUUUUUUCAGUUAAAAGAAAUAUACGUUGUUCAAGAUAAUUAUACCUUUCUUUCCAAAAAAAACUCCAUAAUUUACAAAUAUCUUGAAAAUAGCAACGGAAACACAACACAAUUUCCAGUUUUUUCGUUCAUUUUCAGAAACAGAAAACCUUUGAACGAAGUUCGAAUGAUUCAUAUUUCUGUGUUCCGUUCUCUGAUCAUGAAAAAGCGAUGAACUUUCUCUAGGCAAACAAAAAGAUGUUUCUUUUUAUGUUUUUUCUUCUUCUUCUACAACUUUCAAGCACUGAACUUUCUGCCCAACAAUGAUAUUACGGCUGGUUUUUUUUUUUGAGAUUUUCUUUCCUCAAUCAAAAUUUUUCUGCGGUGAAAACUGUGUAAGUUCAUUGAGAAUGCUUUAAUUCUGUCCCUUUUUCGAAAUAAACUUUGAUAGAUCAAUGAAAUCAACGUUCUGAAAAGUCAAGAAAAGUCCAUUUUAUGUCCUCAAAAAAUGAGAAAGUUCCGGCGGCUGUGAUUGUGUAAUGUUCAUAUAGUACAAGUAUUAACAUCUAAUGAUUUUCCAGAAAGUUCUGUAAAAUCAGAUGACCUUUUUUUGUGUGCUUUCGGACUUUUUUUUAAAUUUUUUCUAUCUUAUUAUCAUUUCGAAUCAUUCAGAAUGCGCGAUGCCAGACGAAAACGGGACGGCGAAUGAAGAAAUUCGGUAUCCACAGUCGCAAAAAGUCCGGAAAUGGACGGCACACGCCGGUCGCAACAGAUUUCUUCUCAAUGGAAAUGUUCGAUUUUGAUAUUAUACGAGACAGGUCUUUCGUUUCUUUGUAUGAAAGAUCGGAAGGAUAGAAAGAAGGUAGAAAGGUGGAAAAAGGAGUACUAUACACCUUUACUAAAGAAUAAUUCGUGGUGAUUCAGGUGAUCCUGUCGCGGAAGAACAACGUCUUCGUCUUGACCAUCUUCCUGAUGUCCACCACCCUCACCCUUUUCUUCAUUUUCGAGUUCGUUGCCGUCUUUUUUCCAUGAAACCUGAUAGAAUUUUGAAAAAAAGAAACGUGAGAACAGAUAUCGUAGGCAAAGUCGGAAAGGGUGGAAAGAGGCUCCAUAGAAAUUUUCCUUUUACGGCGACAAAGGCUCUUUUUUGAUGCCAUUUUUCGUUAUUUCAUUGGCUGUUAUGCACCAUUUUUGCUGCCUCUCCCCUUUUCCAGCGUUUCUAGAGCUAGAAAAAAUGAAAGGCUCUUUUUUGCUGCCUUUCUGCGGCCUUUUCUGAGCCUCUCCCUUCUAGAGGUCGUUAUACACUAUUCCGACGUUAUCGGAGAGAAAAUUUUGUGCUUCAAUUAAACUUUAUUUUUAGCAAACGCUUUAUACAAGCAAAAAAAUGGUGGUCACAAGAAGAACUUGAAAAAAGAAUAAAAUCGAAUAAAUUUUGGACAUGGCGGCUGAGAUUUCGUUAUAUAAUUUUUUUAGAAAUAAAAAAAGAAAAGGAAAUUUUUAAAGCUCUAUUGUCUUUUUUUUAAAGCUCUAUUGUCUCACCACAGCAAAUAUGUAUGAAAUCUUCUUUUCACAAAUUUUCAUCUCAUUUUUUUGGAAACACACAUUUUAGAGGCCCAUAUUACUGGAAGAUCUGUCCGGCGAUCCCUAUCGCAGCGGCGAUUUUGGCUCUUUUCGCGACAUCCAACUUUUUUGCGACCGCCUUCGCGGAUCCAGGAAUCCUGCCAAGAGCUGAAAAUCUGGAGGUGAUCGAGUUAGAUCGACAGCACGUGGAGUCCGUCAGCGCGGAAUUCGGUGGGUUUUCAAGAUUUGGAAAAAGUUGAUGAAAAGAUAAUUCCGGUUUUUUUAAAAGUCUUUCAAUGAAACUCCAAAACGUCCUUUUUGAGUCUCUCUUAUGAUUUCAAUUUUUUUUCCAUUUUAUUAUGUAUCACAACCAACAUUUCUGAAACCCCUUGUUUGGGUCACGCCGGGGAUCGAUCAUGUGACCCUGUGGACCGUAGACAAAGAGAAUCAGCCAACAUGCCAGUUCAGCCGACGAAGAGGGGACCAGCGAGAGGACUUCUCGGGUCGCCGUACGAACCAAAGACGUCUCGAUCAACGGCCAGCCCAUCCGGCUCAAGUACUGCUACACGUGUCGGCUUUUCCGACCCCCCAGAAGCUCCCAUUGCUCCGUCUGCGACAAUUGCGUCCUCAUUUUCGAUCAUCAUUGUAGGUUUUCAGGAAUUUUGCAUAGUUCUAUCAAUGAAUCCGAUCCAGUUUUAUUGAAAAACCGAGCAUUCAAAGUUAGUUUUUAAACUAGCCGGUGACAAUAAAAAUUAAAAAUUUAAGACUUUAUUGCUUUCCGAACUGAUGCCGUGUUAAAAAUAAUCCCCGUAAUGAUUUUUCAUUAAAAGGUCCUUGGGUCGGAAACUGCGUCGGCCAACGCAACUACCGCUACUUCUACCUGUUCGUGUGCUCGCUGACCUUGUUGGUCAUCUCCUUGUUCACUGCCUCACUCACUCACAUUUGCCUCUGUUUGUUACCUGUUUCACAGAGCGAAUAUCUCGGAUUAUUCCAGUGUCCAAGCAGAUGACCUUCGUGGACGCCAUCAAGCACACGCCCGUCUCGUUGGUUAUCACCACCGUCUGCUUUUUUUCGAUCUGGUCAGUUCAGAAUUUUUGUGAGAAACACAAAAUUUAAUGGAAAUAUGUAGUUCAUGAAACUCUGAUCCUACUUUUUGAUAAAUAAUAGACUUUUUCUAAAUAUUGAAAUAAUUUCCGAAGUCGGCUCUUUUUGAUGGAGAACAUCGCUCGUAAAUCAAAUAAUCGAAUUUUGCAGAUUUAAACGUGAAAGAAAACGAUAAUAUAAAUCAAAAGUUGUCCAAAAAAAGUCUCCAAUAUUUCAAUGACUGGCACUACAACGUUCCUGGUUUCGAUUUUAGACUUUUUUCUUUUCCGAGUAAUUCCAAAGAAUUCCAAAGGUUAAUUAAAUUAGUUUCUGUAAAUAAGAACCAGAAUUAAUUUUAAACGAGUAUUGAAGAAGAGCAAAACGGAAGAAUUGGACAGAAAAGCUGGAAAAUGAAGUAUCUUGAAAUUUUUUGGUUAAAAUGUUUCAUCACUCGUAUCCAUCACCUGUGACAACUUUUUCCGAGAUUAUUUAACUCCCUCAAUAAUUGAGGAAUUUUUUGAAAUGUUCCCUCAUAACUUCGCUUUUUUUACAGGUCUUUAAUGGGCCUUUCCGGAUUCCACUCAUACCUUCUGGCGUCUAGUUUAACGACGAACGAAGAUGUAGCUUAAUUUUUCGAUUCCCUAAUAAAAACGGAAAAUUCAGAUGAAAGGAACGUUUCGAAACAAAAAUCGGCCUCAGACGCCAAAUGCGCCGGUAGUUCGGAAUCCUUACACGUUUGGAAUCCUUUCAAACUGCUCAAAUCGUCUUUGUUCCUCACAAACGCCAAGGUUUUUUUUAUUGUGGAAAAAAAUAAAUGCAAAUAUAUAAAAUAUGUUAAUUAUGCCGGUUUUGAAAAAGAGAUAACAGAGUUUGGGGGAAAAAACGAGAGAAAACAUGUUAAAAAUAUAAAUUUUUCGGGAAGGUUGAAAUAAUUUAAUCUAGUUUUCUUUCAAGAGAAGUGAAGCAAAACAAAGUAUGACGGAACUUGAAAAAAUGAUCCAAAAAAAAAAAACGAAUUCGUUGUAGUAGUAAUGGAAUGAGAAGAACAAAGAAAGGUAGAAUUAAUAAUUUUGGUAUAGUUUGAAAUCAGAUGCUUUUCUUCUGACUGAGUGAAGAAAAAAAAAGAAUAUUGGAGGAAGGAAACCACAAAAUUCAGGAAAAAGUGAUAUGAUUUUUGUUUUCCAGUGUACUCGACCCGACGGGUGAAGUGAUUUUAGCACCUUACGUCAUGCGACCAAAAGCUGUUGCUCAUGUUACCGACGAAACGGAAAGAAUUUCAAGGUAAUUGAUUUGGGAAUGAAGCGGACAACAGAUAAAGCUGUUUUCAGGUACGAUCACAGGAUAACGGUUAAUAAUUGA